ACGACCGGAACUAAACAAGCGCGCGCCGACACGGACCAAACAGGAGGAUUAACCCGCGCUAGAGGUCCUCAAGCGAUCCACAAUCUGGACCGAACGUCGCUCCACGCGCACAGGCUCAUGGACGCCCUCACCUGGUUGCUGUUGGAAACAGCAUGGCAGACUGGACACGCCCAUCACUGACAGCCCCGCCUUCAGAGCCACCCUCAGGAUGUGCGACUCCUCCGAUGACGGUAACCAGGCAGACACGAGCGCCGCCAUCCCCUCAGCCCCAUCUUUCUCUGACUGUGCUGUGUUACCUUCAGGUGAUCCCGGGAAGACGGACUUUGGACACAGGGUGUGGGCGGAGCCUCAGCCAGGUCCCUCCAGGAGCACAGUCAGUAGACAAGGGUACUGUGGUUGCUGUAAGGUCCUGUACAGCAACCUGGACCAGCACCUGUCCAGUCUCAGACACCUGGAUUCAGUCCAAGGGGGGGAGUCCAGCAACCGCCCCUCAACCAGCGACCGCAGCACCCUGAGCCUGCUGGAGCGCUUCCUCCAGGACGUCCAGCAGUACCACCCUCACCGCUACAGUGACCCCAGGCCGUCUCAUAGCGACCUCCCCCUGGUUUCUGACCCCCCCCUGCCAAAAGCGGCGGUUGAGGAAGUCUGUUUUCCUGCGGAUGAUAGUGGUUCUUUGGGGAACCACAGCUCCCAGGAUGCAUCCUGUCUGUCAGCCAAUCACAAAAGCUGGGGCUGUUGCAGCCAAUCAGGAAAGGUUCAAGAGAGACUUUCUUUGGCAGUCAAAGAGCAGGAAACAACACCGGCCGAUGGGCGCCGCCUUUCGCACAUCGGAGCCCCGCCCCCUGAGUCUGUGACUCCGCCUCCACGGUCCCCAGCUCCACCAUCGGUGCACAGGAAAGCACACAGGAAGACCAACAGGAGAAAAACCAGCGACUCCUCUUCCUCAGCAGGACCCAAAAGGUGCCCUCCCACUCCACCCCCCCUGGACCUGGGGCCCAGCACGGACUCGGGGGCAGGUGUGGGUCCAGGACCAAGGCUGCCCCCUGUUACCGAGUCCAGGCCCUGGCUGAGCUGGCAAAGGAAACGCAAGGAGACGCACAAGGAGGCCUUCUCCUCCGACAGCUCUGACCUGCUGCAGCAAACCAUUGAGGAGGUCAUUCAGCUGUGCUGCUACGGAAUUGGCUCCUCCCACCACCAGCAGGAGGAGCCAGAGAGCAUCCAUCUGAGCCUCCCUUCAUCCAUGACCACAUGCAGCGAAGAGUGGGACGUAGUGCAGGGCGGGGCCACUGCACCCACACCUGCACAGAUGGAGAAGCAGGAUUUCAGCCACCUGCUGGAUGUGCAGGUGGAGCUGGAGGACCACCUGUACUCCCAGCAGCUAGACUCCGCCCUGUUCAGUUUGGAGGCUGGAACCAAACAAGACCAGGGCUUCUGGACUCUGCCCAUCGAGGAGGUCCUGCCGGCGCCACAAAACAUCCCAGAGUCUUUCAGGGGGAAGUCCUGGGUCCAGAUCGAGAAGGAGGACGAGGAGAAGGUCAACACGCUGGUGCGACAGUUCAGGGAGGAGAGAUUCAUCUGUUACUUCGACUCAGAGUCUCUGGCCAGGUAUGGUAGGAGGAGCCAGAGCUCCAAGAAGCCAGGUGAGAAUGUAAGGGUAACGCCCACAAAGGUGCUUCCUUUGCUGGAGCAUGACAGCGAUGACAUCACACAUGUCAAGAGGAGGCGGAGCUUCAGACCAGCUUCCAGGUGCCAGGCGGUGAAGGUCAGCCGCAGUACUCAGACCACGCCAUUGGUAAUCCCUGCUGUCCAUCCACCUGCUCCAAAAGCUCCGCCCACAACCACCAUCUCAGACAAGAAUGGAGCAGAGAGAACCCCCAACAUGCAGGUGUGGCGUCGCCUGCCUGCCUGUUACUCAAACAUCGUUACACCUGUCCAACUCCACACCUCACUCGUCUACCUGCUGUGCUCACCGCCGGACUCCACUCCAACCCAGGCAGGGGGGGCCACGCCCAGGCGCGGCAGGAGGAGACGGCGUUCUCCAAAAUGGCAAACUUUAAAAUACAAACGACUUCCUGUUCAGGUUUAUGAGCCAAGAACCAAUCGUAUCUUGAGGAAACUCCCAAAAAGCUCCCUGUUGUACACAGGCUCCGCCCCCUCUGCCCCUGCACACCCCUGCGUCCGUCAGCUGUUCCGAAGUCUCAGUCCAGACCUGAACUCCGACCGGGCGCCGGGGCAGCUGAACGCGGAGAAAUGCUUCCAACAGAGCGCGCUCAGUAGAGAGUCGGCCCAAACGGCUAUUGUCAGGAGGAGGCGGGGCUCAGCUCAAGCGCUCGGCCCGCCUCUAGGGAGAAGGGCGGGGCGAUACAAAGACAGGGAGGACAGGACUAAACCCCCGCCCCCCAGAAGCAGGUUUAGGCUGCAGGCCCUGCCCCUGCAGCCCCGGAGGGAGGGCCUAAGGCCAGCUUGUCCCGGCAGGAAACACCUUCCAUCCAUAAGCCACGCCCCCUUUGGUUCCCACCAUGGGAAGGGUCAAAGGGGGCGGGGCUAUAAGAGAAGGGGCAGGUAGAUGGACACUUUGUGGUUCUACUGUCUGGUUAUUAACACUAGUUAGAAAACAAACAUUUUUGCAUAAAUGAUGAGAAUAAAAAUGUUUUCUAUGAAUCUUU